AUAAAAGUACGACCCUUGGAAAUGGCCAAAAAUGCUCCUAAAUUGCACAGUAAAUUCAAAAUGGCUGACUUCCUGUUGGAUUCAGGGGGGCGACCUGAGCUCAUGUUGACUUGGGCGUCGAGCGCUGAGUCUCCUCUCCUCCCUGUUUUCCAGCGAUGCAGCAGACUGCAUCUUCUUCAUCACAGCUCAGGCUGGUCGUGUCCCUGCUGCUUCUUCUUGUCUUCACCGUCGAGCUCUUCUCCGGCGGAUUAGCUGAAUCUAAACGGAUAAGGACCCAAAUGUCAUGAAUAUCCAUCUUCCAAAUUAGACAUGAUAUUCAGCGUUCUGAAUACUGGCUUACUGGAAAGCAAUGGGAAAAUCAAUUCUAGGCUCCUGCUGUGCCACUAAAACUCUUUGAUGGGUAGACAGACUUUGUGGUAAUAGAUGCCAUGGAUGAUUGAAAGUGCUCUUGAGGGCGCUGUAAACACAGAGCUGUAUCCAAAAUGAGCAAGCGAGGAGAGGCCUUUGGUGAGGGGGAGUUAAGGAACAACAACCAGCAGGGUGGGGUGCUGGCUGAUGGUGAUGCCAACGCCAAUGAAAUCCAGACAGAGGAUGGUGGUAUGACGGGGGAUACCAGCACUCUGUCAGGACUGAUGACUGAAACAGUACAGCAGGACAAAGUUAUCAUCUGGGGGACGGACUCCCAGUGUGACGACCCAGAGCUGGCUGAAUUUGAGAUGUUGGAGUGUCAGGAGCUGGAGGCCUACCUGGUUGAGGAGGGGGAGGACUUUGUUGGCCUUGCAGACCGGAAAGAGCUUCAAGAGCAGCCUUCGUCAUGCAGUAAAGCUACAGUAACAGAUUAUAGUAGCAGAGAAGAGAGAAAGACAAUUCUGCAUGGCACCAAUGAGCAGGAAUCCAUUGCCUCUCCCAUCUCUGAAAGCAAAGAGGUGUCCAGGACUGAGUUAAGCUCAGAGACCGAUAUCUUUGUGACUUGUCUGUCCACCAUUUCAAGCAUGGACACUGCUAUGGACACUGCUGGCAGGACCCAGACAACAGAUUCCUGGCACAUUGCCUCUUGUCCUUACUCAAGCAUCUCAGAAGAUUUGACUUUGGUUUCCCAGACUGUCACUGAGAAAGGCAAGGCCUCUGAAAGAGCCAAUCGUUCUUCCCUCUCCUCUGGAAAAAGCACAAUAAACAGAAAAGAUGUGGACAUGAAUUUGAAUUCAGUGGGUCAAUCAGAGAAUGAAGAAGUGAGCAAUGGACUUGUUCAGUGUAAGGAUGUCAUUGAUGAGCACAGGGCAAACAAUAACCAGAGAAAUAAAGCAGAGAAUACCACUUCAGAGGUAGACUGUGAUCGAAGAAGUACAGAGCACAAGGGUUUACUCGCUUUAAAAACUACAGAUGAGGAAAGCAACACUAAAAUAGAUAAAAGCACACAAGCGGGUGAAGCCCCUGAUGUGAACUACAGCCCACCCAAAACAGGCACAAAGGGGACGCAGUCAUCAAUUGAAUCCAAAGCUAUAAAGAAACAAGGAUCAUUUGAUAACUCAUUGAAAAAACAAAACUCUUUUGACAAGAGUUUGAAAAAGCAGCCAUCAUUUGAGAAUACUUUCAAGAAGCAGCUCUCCUUUGAUAACACCUUAAAAAAGCAAGGCUCUUUUGAGAACACUGUCCCCUCCAGCUCUUCAAGUCUGGAGAGGAGGAAGCCAUGGGGAAGCCCCAGUCGACCAGCAACUCCUACUUCAUCUAAAACAACCUCCUCCUCCCCCAAGAGACGACCACCUGGUUCUCCAGCCAAGGUCCAGAGCAUCAGGGCACUGAGCUUGGAGCGCAGCGACUCCCCUCAGAGGGGUUUAAGUCAAACAGUCAGACCUCCAGCUAAGACAAGUUUGAGCAGUUGCAUCCCCAAACCUGUCAUGUCUCAGCAGAAAGAGCCUGAACCCAGGAGGUCUUCUCCUCCCCAGAAACCCAAAAAUGUUCGACCAAAAAUCAUCACCUAUGUACGAAAGAAUCCUCAAGCAAAACCUCAGGUGACGGAUGCCCCACUUGAAGCCUCCACACACCCGCUAAGACUAUCUUCUUACUCAAGCCCACCAGCUCAUAAAGAUCCAAAGGCUGGCCCUCAACCUAAAUCCACACCGGUGCUAUGUUCCUCCAACCUGCUGUUUGACAGAUAUCGACAGGAGAUGCAGAAAGCCGGGUACUGUCCACCAGGCAUGGCUGCGACUGGGGUGAAACCUCCAAGCAACGCUGUCCCUCAAAGGCUGAGUGGGAAGUCAGGCAGUUUUCAUGAGGAUAUGCCUGAGAAGUAUCUCCAAGAGCAUGUUUUCCAAGAAGGAGGCAGUGUGUAUCGCUCACCUAGGGCUCUGAGGCCUCAGCUGGGGUUGGGGGCAGUCACGAGGCAGCCUGCAGCCAAGACAAGAGUUCAGCAGUCAGGUCAAAGGUCAGCCCAGGCCCCAGGCCAGUCUGCUCAGGCAGCCGGAGUGUCAGCUCAAGGCCACCAGGACCCUGCAGGAGAGCAAAAGAGGUCAGGAGAAAGAGGUCCAGAAACUGCCCCUAAGAGUGUUCUGCUCAAACCAGGCCAGUCUGGUCUCCGACCUCCAGGCUUCUCUGCCCUGCCACCUGCCCGUCUGGCAGCCUUUGGCUAUGUCCGGAGCUCUAGUGUCUCGUCUGUGUCCAGCAACAUGUCGAAUGACAGCAGUCACAGUGAUCCCUGCCGACCCUCUCAGCAUCCCAGCAGUGGCAGCGAUGACACUCCGCUCCACAAAGCCACAGCGCCCCCCAGUGAAGCCUCCCAUGCUCAGAGCAGGCCUCAGCCUCCCAAUGCCCCCAGCCUCCAGCGCCGCAGUCUACCGCCACAGCGCUCCUCCCCACUGGCCUCUAGGAGAGAGAUGCAGAAAGACACAGAGGCUGCGAUGCCACCAAAGUCCUCUCCGAAAAGAUUUGCUGUGGUUUCGCCCAAGCCACAGUCCCCUGUUCGUGGGCGAACAGCAGCGGGUCACGGUGUCGUCCGGACUGAAAGGGCCCAGGAGUUGGACCGCGCUUUGAUCCAGCAGCUGCGGGAACGCUGUGAGCAGCAGGACCUGCAGCUGCAGAGCCUUCAGGCCCAGUUGAAGAAGGCCUCCCUGUGCCUGGAUGUUUUCAGCAUCACUACCCAGCACUUCUGUCACAAGACUGAGAGUGCCAUUGUGAAGGAGAGGGAACUGUCCCUGGAGCUCGCUAGAAUCAGGGAUGAAGUGGCUUUCAGUGUUGAACACUGGGAGCAACUGCAGCAGGAGAAGGAGGAGCUGGAGCAUCGUUUUGAGGCUGAGCUGCAGGGAUUGCGGGCUCAGCAGCAGAGGGAGCUGGGAGUGCUGGAGGAGCAGCUGAAGGCACAGCACAUAGCCGAGGCUGAGAGCCUGCAGGCCCAGCAACGAGCCGAGCUGGAGGAGCUACGGGUCAAACAGCAAGAGCAGAUUGAGGAGAUGACUGAGAACCAUGAGGCUUCCUUGAUGGAGGUAGAGACAGCUCACAAUGACACAUUGGCUACUCUGCAGGAGGAGCAUGCCAGGACUGUGAAGAAUCUGAAGAUGGCCCACGAACAGCAGACGAAGUCUCUGCAAGAGGAGUUUGAAAAGAUCAGACUGUCUCUGCAGGAUCAGGUGGACACACUGACGUUUCAGAACCGUAGCCUCAGAGAUCGAGCCAAGCGCUUUGAAGAAGCUCUGCGCAAGAGUACAGAUGAGCAGAUUGUGGAUGCUUUGGCACCAUAUAAACACAUUGAUGAGGACCUGAAGAGUCUGAAAGAAGUUCUGGAGAUGAAGAAUCAGCAAAUUCAUCAACAAGAGCAGAAGAUCUCAGAACUGGAGAAAAUAGCUGAAAAGAAUGUGUACCUGGAGGAGAGACUGCAGGUGUUACAGCAGCAGAACGAGGACCUGAAGGAAAGAAUAGACAAGAACCUUGCUGUGUCCAGGCAACUCUCUGAGGAUAAUGCCAACCUGCAAGUGAACGUGGAGAAGGAGAGUAACGAGAAGAAGCGUCUGAGUCGCACUAACGAGGAGCUGCUGUGGCGUCUCCAGACGGGCGAGCUGAGCCCUCGCAUGUCCCCCACCUCAUCCCCCAUCCAUCGACACUCUGCUGGACCAGGCUCUCCAGCCCGCCCACACUCGUAUCAUCAAUGA